UAAUUGAGAUAAACCUCAACCUACCGGCUUGUUUUGCUGAAUUUUGAUGUCAAAGGCCGUCGAGACUCGAGACAGAUUGAUUAAUAAAAUGAAAUCCAACUGCGACGAGUCGAAGAAGCGCAUCAGUUAGAUUUAGAUGUCUCAGUACGAUCCUUUGUCCAAAGCCAUAUUGUUUCAGAGACUAAACUUGGAUCCACACAAGAGCACAGACUCAAUUAUCGUUUUCUUUCUUUUUUUUUAAUUUUAAUUUAACUAUCCGACUGCAACAAUUAUUACUCCGCAAAUCUUAACCCUCUCUUCUUCUAUGUUCUUAGUUCUCUCUUAAACCUCAACUCUACCAGGUAUUAUUCUUUCUAUUUCUAAUCUUCAAUUAGGACUUCUUUUUGCACCAAUGGCUACAGAUGCAUAUGCAUUACUCAGAAAAUUAGGGUUUACUAAACAAGUGAAUGAAAUUUUGAAUUUUCUUUCGUUAAAAGCUUGGUUGUUAUUUUUUUGUAUCUGACGAUCACAUUGAUUUCUUAUUGCAAUUGUUUGUUUAAUAUAUGGUGAGAAUAAGUUUGGAGUUGAAACCGUGAACACGAAUUUGGUCGCCACCGUUCACACUCCUCUGGUGAUCUGCACUACAAAGUUGGAUAAUCAGUAACAACUUCUCUUUAAACAACUUCUCUUUCUUGAACUUUUAUAGCCUGAAUUGGGUAUUUCAUAAUUCAGUCAAAAUUACUAUAUGGGAAUGGAGAAAAAAGAAGACCUCCAGUGUCAUCUGGUUUGGAAUCUUUGGAUUGAAAACGCUAGACUUUUUAAUGGAAAGUAUAAGUCUUUGGACUCGAUCAUUGAUAGUGUGAAGACCCAGGUGUAUAAUUGGUGCGUUGGAACCGACAUUUUUGCGGGUAUUUCCUUGAAUACAGCUCUUAACAAUUGGAGGCAGUCAUGAGAUAAUUGAUUUUCUGUAUUUUUUUUUCCUUCUUCAGUAUUUUUUCUGGAGCUCUAUUGAGCUAGGUUCUGUUUUCUUUCUUUUCAACACAUCACUGUCUUGGUGGUGACUUGAAUUUUAUCAAUAUAUUUGCCCUUUUUGAGUCAAAAAACAUCAACCAAUUUCUGAGUAAAGCUUUAAUUUCAAUGGAGUUAGUAACAAAAUUUGGUUUUCAACUACAUACGAUUUCAUAGUUGUUUUCUUGCUAGCCACAAUUAAUAGGUGAAAUUAGGGAGGUGAAAUUAGGCUUGGUGACAGAGAAUCAUCUCAAUUUGCAUCUUUUAGGUUUUCCAACUUCAUGUUUUGUUUUUAUCAUUUUCAAGUUGCAGUUUGAUAAAAUACCCAAGAGAGCAUCUUAAUGUCAUCUUAAAAACUUACUUAGCUGAGUGAGUGCAUUUUAAUUUUCCAAGUUCCUCCAACACUGUGUUAAUACGAUUUCAAGGGAUCACUUUAUAUAAUGGUUGAUAUGAUUGAAGUAGGAGGGAACUUGUUGCAUGCUGUUAGAUUAAGGAAUCAGUUUUCUUCCUGUGGUGGUCAUUUAGAUUUAAUGGUGUAGAAUAUUCAAGAUUGCAGAGUAUCUGUUACAGUUGAUAAGCUCAAAUUCUCAGUUCAUCAGAACAGCCAAAUAUUGAAUUUUUGGCUUAGAACCCUCUGUUACAGUGCUACUAUUUCCUAAAUCACAUAUUGAAUUGUGAACUUUUUUAAACCUACAGCAUAAUUCACUGCACGCAAGGUGUUUGAUAUGAUGCUUCAUGAUUUCUUUCAUCUCAUGCUAGCUUAAAACUGUUGUGGGUUCUCCACCGUGCAAGCGGUCAUCUAGUUACCUUUUUAUCACCUAUCAAGGUGUUGUGUACUCUUGCAUCUGUGAUGUGUGAGCGUCAAAAUUUGGUGAUAUGUGUCUUCUAACAGUGGCAGAGUCAUAGUUUAUGCUUGGUUGGUCUCUAGGUACAGAAAAUUUAGUAGAAAUAUAGAUCUUAAUUAUGCGUAAGUCAAAUCCAAUAUCUCGGUGAAGAUUCAAAAUCUUGAAAAUUUAUGUACUAAUUUGACAAGAAGGUAUCUUUUGACAAGAAAAACCAGCUCCAUAAAACCAACCCUGAUGCACAAUGAAUUCUCAAUGAUGUUUCUUUUUCAUUUUAAAAGAAGUGGGUUUUUCCCUUAAUAAGCUUCUAUACUAGCCAUUGUUGACUGCUAGUUUCAUCAGUGUCACCAGGUCACCAACUUACAAAGUGUGAUGCACCACAUAAAUUGAAAGAUGAGACCGUCUACUUUCUGGAUCUAUAUCCAUUGUUAAAUUUCUAAUGAUAAAUGAAUUGCGGAAUUUUCUAAGUGAAUACAGUCGGAAACAGAUCUCAAAGUGACAAUCUUCAUUUACAAAGUUUGGGCUUAUCUAAGUUAUAAUGGAUGAUGAGGUUGCACAAGCUGUGGAGAAAGCGAUCAAAGAAUGGGAAAAGACAUCGUCGAGCAUUGAAAACAAUGUGAAAGCCAUUGAGGGGUUUGGCACAUCUGUUGAUGGAUUGACAGAAGAAGAGAGUUCUCAUCAUAGAUUGAAUGGUCUUGCACAAGAUGGGUUGCCGCUACUUAGGUCAUUGCAAUUCAGACUUGAUCUUCUCGCACAGCAGUUGCUUAUGGAAGAACAAGUACAGUCUGCUCAAUCGACUUUAAAAUCUUGGAAGGAUCAGUACCAGAGUUUACAUUUGGGACUGAGGAAUGCUAAUCUGCAAGCGCAGAUCAAUAUGAGAAAAGCUGCUCAGACAAAGAGGGAACUUCUUUUAGGAGGUGGAGAGGAGUCUACAAUUCGCCGGCGCAACUUACAAACUAAGGCUGGAAUGACUAAUGCUUCAGAAAGCAUCACUGAGAGCCUUAGGCGCACUCGUCAAUUGAUGGUUCAGGAGGUUGAAAGAAGUGAAUAUACAUUGGCAACUUUAGAUGAAUCGACAGGAGUAUUAAAGAAGGCAGAAAGUGAAUACAAGGGUCAUCGUUCGCUACUGAUGCGGACCAAAAACCUGCUAUCCACUAUGUGGUGUCAGGAUGUUCUUGAUAGGUUAAUAUUGCUGGUUGGCUUCCUCUUGUUCUCUUGUGCUGUUUUCUAUGUCAUAUCAAAACGCAUCGGAUUGUUCAAGUUGCAGAGAAAGGUCAUAGAAGCUAUCAAGGCAGGGAUGAUUGUACCAGGAGAUUUGGGGGCUGGGGCAGCUGAAAACGGGUUUAAUGGAGUGCGUGUUGAUGACAAUGUUGUCCCUAACUUGGAGGUGCCUCCAUUAGAAAUGCACGACGAAUUGUAAUCUGCUUGCUUGUCUCAGUUUUGGCAUAUUACUCCUACCAUUUCUGAAAAAGAGGUACCGACACUUUUUCAUUUUAGCCUAAAAGAGGUACUAUCAGUUUUGGCAUAUUACUCCAUUAGUACUAUUUACUCACUGACGAUUGUAAUCUGCUUGCUUGUCUGAGUUUUGUCAUAUUAUUAUUUACUCACUGAUCGUAUAUAUAAGAAAGCUCCACUAAUUUUAGACGUG